AUGGCGCGCACAUGCGCCGAAGCGCGUCCCCGCCCCUGGCCCUCUUCCGCGCGGACCCCGCUCGUCCCGGCUCUGUCACCUCACAGUAGUCGUUGCCGGUGGCGGGCGGGGAGCGCGAGCCGCGUGGGGCUGCGAGCGGGGGCAGGACCGCCUCUUCCCCGCCCUCAGGCCGGGCCCGGGCUUGGUCCCCCCGCGCUCCUUCCGCUCCCCACCCCGGUGGGUCCGGGCAGGUCCGAGCCGCUGCCGGGUGCCAGAGGGGCGUCGUGGCCGCGGCCGCCACGGGUCCCGAUGGAGCCGUCGAACCUCUAUCCGGUGAAGCUCUACGUGUACGACCUGUCCAAGGGCCUGGCCCGGCGGCUCAGCCCCAUCAUGCUGGGGAAACAGCUGGAAGGCAUCUGGCACACCUCCAUAGUUGUACACAAGGAUGAGUUCUUCUUCGGCAGCGGCGGGAUCUCCAGCUGUCCCCCGGGAGGGACAUUGCUUGGGCCCCCAGACUCUGUGGUUGAUGUGGGGAGCACAGAAGUCACAGAAGAAAUCUUUCUGGAGUACCUGUCCUCCCUGGGGGAGUCUCAGUUCCGAGGUGAGGCCUACAACCUCUUUGAACACAACUGUAACACCUUCAGCAACGAAGUGGCCCAGUUCCUGACCGGCAGGAAGAUCCCCUCGUACAUCACCGACCUUCCCUCUGAAGUUCUCUCCACCCCCUUCGGACAGGCCCUGCGGCCCCUCCUGGACUCCAUCCAGAUCCAGCCUCCUGGAGGGAGCACCAUGGGCCGGCCCAACGGCCAGAGCUAA